AUGUCAGCACCACCACCUCCACCGCCGCCAACGUUUAAUAUAGCAAACGCAGCUGGUGGUGACCAAGGCAGAGGUUUAUUAUUACAGUCAAUAAGAGCUGGAAAAAGUUUAAAAAAAACAGUUACUGUUGACAAGAGCGCUCCUUGUAUAAAUGGUAAAGUGAAGAAUGGCCCCACGGCUGCAAUCAGUUCAUCAGCUGGAAACAGUAACAGUUUCAUUAGCAACGGUGGUAGCAAUAGCAAUAACAGCAGUCCAGCUCCGCUGGCUCUUGGUGGACUGUUUGCUGGGGGUAUGCCAAAGUUGAAGCCCACUGGCUUACGCAGUACCAUUGUAGAAAGAGAUUCACCAGCGUCAUUACCAGUUUCAACUGGGUCGAGUCCAUCGCCGGUUAUUACUAAUAGUAAUACCAUUAAUAAUAAUAAUAAUAAUAAUAACAAUAAUAGUAACAAUAACAACCACAACAACAACAACAACAACAGCAGCAGCACAAUGAAACGUGGACCACCUCCUGUUCCACCUCCUGCAGCUCAAAAGCCUCAAAUAUCAUUACCACAAUCAUCGUCAGAGAGUUCGACCGAUUCACCACACAGAAGUUUUGGAAAACCUGCAUUAGCACCAAAGCCACCAGGUACAUCGACACUCCACAAACCACAUCCACCUGUGAAAAAACCAGACUUACUUGGCGGAACGAGUGUAUCAAGAGCUCAGAGUAUGCGUUUACCAAGAUCGCCCCCGGUACUCGCUCCAACGCCAUCCUCGCUACAUCAAUCUCAGGAUUGCUUGAAUGAAACCCAGCAUCGGCCAAAUCGAGUUCUUCGACCGCCAGUAGCGCGGCCUCCAUCGCCACCCACGUCAUUUAAAUCAGCAGCUCCACCGGCUCCGGUGACGCGGGUAGCACCACCACCACCACCACCAAACAGAGCCACCGUAUCAGCACCUAGUAUGCCUCCUCCACCUCCUCCGCCUCCUCAUCGGUCUAAUCCAUCUCAUCAAAGAUUAGCCCCAUUACCUCCAACUCCACCCACUCGCAAUCUUUCAUUAUCCAAUGGCCAAACGUUAAUUAAUCACAAUACAGAUUUAGAAGUAAGAUUCAGCGACAUGUUCCAUUCAAUCAUCAACUUCCCGUCGCCUGAACCUUUUCGUGCAGUACCAAAACUCUACAAUAGUAAAAAUGGUGAGAUUAAUAAUAAUCAAUCAAUGUCUGUACUUGGAUUCACACGCAAACGUCAAUCUUAUCCAUUUUACAGUUAG